AUGGCGGCUCCGGACCUCGUUGACCACUCACCCCACCAACCCGAUCCAUCACCACGGGUCGCUUCUGCAUCCAACUUGAUCCUCAUCGACAAUUACGACUCCUUUACCUGGAACGUCUACCAGUAUCUUGUUGUUGAGGGCGCUACAUGCACCGUCUUCAGAAAUGACCAGAUUACCUUGGACGAGCUCAUUGCCAAGAAUCCCACCCAAUUAGUCAUAAGCCCUGGUCCAGGUCACCCAGAGACGGACUCUGGUAUUAGUCGCGAUGCCAUCAGACAUUUCGCCGGCAAGAUUCCCAUUUUUGGUGUUUGCAUGGGACAGCAAUGCAUUUUUGACGUCUAUGGCGGCUCCGUCGAGUUUGCUGGCGAGAUCCUGCACGGCAAAACUUCGCCAUUGACGCACGAUACCAAGGGCGUCUACGCUGGCAUGACCCAAGGACUGCCUGUGACGAGAUAUCAUUCUUUAGCCGGUACACACGUCACUCUUCCCGAGUGUCUUGAGGUCACCUCCUGGAUCCCCAAGGACGACGGUUCAAAGGGAGUCAUCAUGGGUGUCAGGCACAAGGAGUACACCAUUGAGGCCGUUCAGUUCCACCCCGAGAGUAUUCUCUCCGCCGAUGGCCGAACCAUGUUCAAGAAUUUCUUGCACAUGGAGGGGGGUACUUGGGCAGAGAAUGAUCGCCGCAAGCAGCAUGCGCAGACCAAUGGCCACCCUGCCCCAAGCGCACCCAAGAAGAGCAGCAACAUACUUCAAAAGAUUUAUGCCAAGCGAAAGGAGGCUGUCACUGCUCAAAAGUUGAUUCCUUCGCAAAGACCAGAGGAUUUGCAGGCUGCGUAUGAUCUCAAUGCCGCGCCCCCGCAGAUUCCCUUUGUGGAGCGUCUCCGUCAGACACCUUUCGACGUAUCUCUCAUGGCCGAAAUCAAGCGAGGAUCGCCGUCGAAAGGCAUUUUCGCUCUUGAUAUCAAUGCCCCCACACAAGCAAAGAAGUAUGCCCUUGCAGGUGCGAGUGUCAUCUCUGUCUUGACUGAACCUGAAUGGUUCAAGGGCAGCAUUGAAGAUCUCCGUGCCGUAAGACAAGUACUCAAUGCCAUGCCAAACCGCCCAGCCAUCCUGCGGAAAGAAUUCAUCUUCGAGGAGUACCAGAUCUUGGAGGCCCGCCUAGCUGGUGCCGAUACCGUCUUACUCAUUGUCAAGAUGUUGGACGUUGAGCUGCUUACCAGACUAUACAAGUACUCUCAAUCACUUGGUAUGGAGCCACUGGUGGAGGUGCAGAAUGCCGAAGAGAUGAAGAUCGCGGUUGAGCUUGGCUCCAAAGCCAUUGGAGUCAACAAUCGUAAUCUGGAGUCUUUUGAAGUCGACCUGGGUACGACUAGCAGACUACGCAAGCUCGUACCAAAGGAGACUAUCAUUUGUGCCCUCAGUGGCAUCAACACUCAUGAAGAUGUGAUUGCCAACCACAGGGACGGUGUCAAUGCAGUACUCGUUGGCGAGGCCAUCAUGCGCGCACAUGAUGCGUCAGAAUUCAUUCAGCAGCUCUGCGCUGGCAAAAUUGAGCCAAAAUCGGCCGCAUCCGAGCCUCUUCUCGUCAAGGUCUGUGGAACCCGAACGCCCGAGGCUGCCCUUGCAGCUGCUGAAGCAGGAGCAGAUUUGAUUGGCAUGAUUCUCGUGCCCGGACGAAAGCGGACUGUUAGCAACGAUGCCGCCAAAGCGAUUUCUGAGGCUGUUCACGGUUUCUCACGCCCAGCUUCGUCCAAGGGACAGACAAGUCCGACAAACAUUGCGAUCGAUUUCUUCGCUGCGGCCGCUCAGAAGGUCACGGCUCCUGGUUGCACACGGCCGCUGCUUGCAGGAGUUUUUAUGAAUCAGCCCUUGGAAGAAGUGCUCGAGCUUCAAAAGAGGUAUAAUAUUGAUAUUGUGCAACUCCAUGGGAAUGAGCCUAUUGAAUGGGCCAAUCAAAUACCCGUACCUGUUGUCCGCAAGUUCUUGCCAGGUGAACCCGGAUUAGGAGCUCGAGGUUUCCAUGCAGUACCACUCCUGGACUCAGGCUCUGGUUCGGGUAAACUUCUGGAUUCGGUUGAUAUCAAGGCACAACUGGCAAAAGAUUCCGAGCUUCGCGUCAUUUUGGCUGGCGGCUUGGACCCCACGAACGUCGCCGAAACGAUUGCCAGUCUAGGUGUAGAAGCUUCGCAUGUCAUUGGCGUUGAUGUGAGCAGUGGUGUAGAGGUUGACGGGGUUCAGAAUCUCGAUCGGAUACGUCAGUUUGUGAAAGCCGCAAAAGAGAUUCGGUGA